AUGCUUUCCUCGAUACCUCAGCGGUAUCUCCUUUUUCUACUCUUCGUCGCAACCUCAAUCGCAACGAACCCUGGAGGAAACUGCACAGUAUUUAAUUGGGAUCAAGGAAAUCCAGUGCUAUCUUACGAUUCAGCCUUCCGAUUUAGCAGCGCCCAAGUCUGUGCCAAGAGUACAAAUGAGCUGGGUAGUUGCGCCAUCAGUGGGAGUGGCCAGGUCAACUUCACGGCCACUUGUAAUGUUACAGCUCUGAAUAACCCAAACUUUUCCCAGUUGGUACAGGAAACAAUCGAUGCAGCAAACGCGACCAUGCCUGCCCCCUCUUUCAACCAAACAGUCACCUCUUGGGUUGAGCAGACUCGAAUUAUCGAUGCCGGAACAGCAGCGUAUAUGAACUUUACUGCCAUCCAUUUUUGUUAUUACGGGACUCUCGCCAACUGUACGGGCAACUUAUAUGAGGGUACUGCUGUACAGUUCUGCGCGCCCGUGUGGGAAGAGAAGACCAGAGUAGUUUCUGGGCUGUGGACGGUGGUAGAGGUUUCCGAAAACGAUCUUUGGAAAUACCCCGAUCCAUUUGCUAAGGCGAAGACAACGACCACAGAGACAGAUGCUGCUAGUUAUAUUUCAGCUCUGAGCCUGCAGCUACCUAUGGCUAGUAUCGUUGGAGCUGUGAUCUUCAGCAUGGUGUUCUAA